ACCAGUCAGGAGGGAGAGCAGCUUCAAGGGCUGAAGGAGGCUGAUAUCAAGUUCCCAUUCACUCCUGUCUCUGUGAAGAGUGAAGAAGAUGCUGAAGAGAAACCUCAGUCCUCACAUCUACAUCAAAGACAAACUGAAGAGAUGGAAACAGAAGCUGAUGGAGAGGACUCUGGAGGACCAGAACCAGCCAGGAACUCAGAUUCAGAUACACAUUUACAACCAGAUACUGAUGAUAAGACCAGAGACUCUUCUGAACCUGAGACUGAAAACAGUGAUGACUGGAAGGAGAUCAGAGAACCUCAGUCAGAUUUAAACUCUUUGAAAAAUGAUGAAGUUAUUGUCAGUGAUUUGAGAUGUAGUACUGGAGAGAAACUAUUUAGCUGCUGUGAGUUUGGGAAAACAUUUGGCAACAGUGGAAAUCUGAAGAUACACGAGAGAACUCACACAGGAGAAAAACCUUUCAACUGCUCAGUUUGUAAGAAAUCUUUUACACAGCUUGGAAGUUUACAGAAACACAUGAGAGUCUCUGUGUGUGUUAACUGUUUUCCUGCAGACGUCCAGCAGGUGUUGCUGGUUAAAGAAGAGGUUCCCCCUGAGCAGCAGGAGUGGAGCUCCAGUCUGGACCCGGAGGACCCAGAGCCCCGACAUAUUAAAGAGGAACAGGAGGAACUCUGGACCAGUCAGGAGGGAGAGCAGCUUCAAGGGCUGGAGGAGGCUGAUAUCACCAAGUUCACAUUCACUCCUGUCCCUGUGAAGAGUGAAGAAGAUGAUGAAGAGAAACCUCAGUCCUCACAGCUUCAUGAAAGACAAACUGAACAGAUGGAAACAGAAGCUGAUGGAGAGGACUGUGGAGGACCAGAACCAGCCAGGAACUCAGAUCCAGAUACACUUUUACAACCAGAUACUGAUGACAAGACUGGACACUCUUCUGAACCUGAGACUGAAUACAGCAAUGACUGGAAGGAGAUCAGACCAUGUAGUACUGUUGAGAAACCCUUUAGCUGCUCUGAGUGUGGGAAAAGAUUUGGCCACAGUGGUAAUCUGAAGAGACACAUAAGCUCCCAUACAGGAGAGAAACCUUUCAGUUGCUCAGUUUGUACGAAAUCUUAUAGACUGCGUGGAGAUUUACAGAUACACAUGAGAACUCACACAGGAGAGAAACUUUUCCGCUGCUCAGUUUGUAAGAAAUCUUUUACGAAGAGAGAAAAUUUUCAGAAACACAUGAGAAUCCAUACAGGAGAAAGACCUUUCAGCUGCUCAGUUUGCGAGAAAUGUUUUAGACAGCGUGGAAAUUUACAGAAACACAUGAGAAUCCACACAGGAGAGAAACCUUUCAGCUGCUCAGUUUGUAAGAAAUCUUUUACGCAUGGAGGAUCUUUACAGGAACACAUGAGAAUCCACACAGGAGAGAAACCUUUCAGCUGCUCAGUUUGUAAGAAAUGUUUUUCAAAGAGUGGAAAUCUACAGACACACAUGCGCAUUCACACAGGAGAGAAACGAUUCAGUUGCAGUGUUUGCAACAAAAGAUAUGCUAGUCAUCGACAGGUCAAAACACAUAAAUGUGUUGGUCGUCGGUCUUCACAGCUUCAUCAAACUCAAACUGAGGAGCACAGAGAGGCAGAGCCUCCAGCCAGCAGCUCAACUGAACAGAUGGAAACAGAAGCUGAUGGAGAGGACUGUGGAGGACCAGAACCAGACAGGAACUCAGAUCCAGACGUCCAGCAGCUGUUGGUGGUUAAAGAAGAGGUUCCCCCUGAGCAGCCGGAGUGGAGCUCCAGUCUGGACCAGGAGCACCCAGAGCCCCCACACAUUAAAGAGGAACAGGAGGAACUCUGGAUCAGUCAGGAGGGAGAGCAGCUUCAAGGGCUGGAGGAGGCUGAUAUCAAGUUCCCAUUCUCUCCUGUCCCUGUAAAGAGUGAAGAAGAUAAUGAAGAGGAACCUCAGUUCUCACAGCUUCAUGAAAUACAAACUGAACACACGGAAACAGAAGCUUACGGAGAAGACUAUGAAGGAUCAGAACCAGUCAGGAACUCAGAUCCAGAUACACAUUUUCAACCAGAUACUGAUGACAAGACUGGAGACUCUUCUGAACCUGAGACUGAUGACAAUGAUUAUGGGAUGGGGAGCAGACCAUGUAGUACUGGUGAGAAACCCUUUAGCUGCUCUGACUGUGGGAAAAGAUUUGGCCACAGUGGUAAUCUGAAGAGACACAUAAGAUCCCACACAGGAGAGAAACCUUUCAGCUGCUCAGUUUGUACGAAAUCUUUUACACAGAGUGACACUUUACAGACACACAUGAGAAUCCACACAGGAGAAAAACCUUUCAGCUGCUCAUUUUGUAAGAAAUCUUUUACACAGAGAGGAACUUUACAGACACACAUGCGCAUCCACACAGGAGAGAAACGAUUCAGUUGCAGUGUUUGUAACAAAAGAUUUGCUAGGCUUCGACAGGUCAAAACACAUAGAUGUGUUGGUCGUCGGUCUUCACAGCUUCGUCAAACUCAAACUGAGGAGCACAGAGAGGCAGAGCCUCCAGUCAGCAGCUCAGUUGAACAGAUGGAAACAGAAGCUGAUGGAGAGGACUAUGGAGGACCAGAACCAGCCAGGAACUCAGAUCCAGAUACGCAUUUACAACCAGAUACUGAUGACAAGACUGGAGACUGUUCUGAGACUGAUGACAGUGAUGAUCGGAAGGGGAGCAGACCAUGUAGUACUGAUGUCCAGCAGCUGUUGGUGGUUAAACAAGAGGUUCCCCCUGAGCAGCAGGAGUGGAGCUCCAGUCUGGACCAGGAGGACCCAGAGCCCCCACACAUUAAAGAGGAACCGGAGGAACUCUGGACCAGUCAGGAGGGAGAGCAGCUCCAAGGGCUGGAGGAGGCUGAUAUUGAGUUCCCAUUCACUCCUGUCCAUGUAAAGAGUGAAGAUGAUGAAGAGAAACCUCAGUCCUCACAGCUUCAUCAAAGACAAACUGAACAGAUGGAAACAGAAGCUGAUGGAGAGGACUGUGGAGGACCAGAACCAGCCAGGAACUCCGAUACCCAUUUACAACCAGAUACUGAUGACAAGACUGGAGACUCUUCUAAACCUGAGACUGAAUACAUUGAUGACUGGAAGGAGACCAGACCACGUAGUACUGGUGAGAAACCUUUUAGUUGCUCUGAGUGUGGGAAAAGAUUUGGCCACAGUUGUAAUCUGAAGAGACACAUAACAUCACAUACAGGAGAGAAACCUUUCAGCUGCUCAGUUUGUAAGAAACCUUUUAGACUGCGUGAAGAUUUACAGAAACACAUGAGAACUCACACAGGAGAGAAACCUUUCAGCUGCUCAGUUUGUAAGAAAUCUUUUACGAAGAGAGAAAAUUUACAGAUACACAUGAGAAUCCACACAGGAGAAAGACCUUUCAGCUGCUCACUUUGCAAGAAAUCUUUUAGACAGCGUGGAGAUUUACAGAAACACAUGAAAAUCCACACAGGAGAGAAACCUUUCAGCUGCUCAGUUUGUAAGAAGUCGUUUACGCAUAGAGGAACUUUACAGGAACACACAAGAAUCCACACAGGAGAGAAACCUUUCUGCUGCUCAGUGUGUACGAAAUAUUUUACAAAGAGAGGAAAUCUUCAGACACACAUGCGCAUCCACACAGGAGAGAAACGAUUCAGUUGCAGUGUUUGUAACAAAAGAUUUGCUAGUCAUCGACAGGUCAAAACACAUAAAUGUGUUGGUCGUCAGUCUUCACAGCUUCAUCAAACUCAAACUGAGGAGAACAGAGAGGCAGAGCCUCCAGUCAUCAGCUCAAUUCAACAGAUGGAAACAGAAGCUGAUGGAGAGGACUGUGGAGGACCAGAACCAGCCAGGAACUCAGAUCCAGAUACACAUUUACAACUAGAUACUGAUGACAAGACUGAAGACUGUUCUGAACCUGAGACUGAUGACAAUGACAACAUUGAUUUUUGGAAAGAGAGCAGUGGACAUCUGUCAGGUUUAAAUACUCAAAAAACACAAGAAUGAGAUUGUCAAUAAGAAGUCAUUCUUCUUCCUCUGCUGUGAGCAAACAGCAUUUAGAGUUGGGCAUGUUCUCAGCUUUAGACUUCUCACAGGCUGUAUGUAAAGUGUUUUGCUGGUUAUUAAUAGUUUCAUCCAUGCAGUUGGCUCAGAUUAAACUUGAAAAUGAAGGAGGGAGACUUCUGGCCUGAUA